CAGUUCCUUUCAGAGCUGUUGUUGACGUUGUUGUCGUUGUCAGUUGUCUUGUCAUUCGUCGGUCUUCCGGCAAUCAAUGCCUUCGCGUUGUCGCCGGUUUCUUGCCAAUAAAUUCUCUUUUGUUUAAGUUACUGUUAAAUGUCUUAUGUUAUAGACUAGUUUUAUGAUUAAAUUUUGAAUUGAAUAGACAACUACAAGUCUGAGUCUCAGGCCUGCGAGUGCUUCUUUUGUCAGUGAACGUUAAGCUUACAAGUUUCAGUUAUCUAAAAAAAAUGGCGGAGGACCCAAUGGACGUGUCUGCACCAACUACCACUGAAAUUGAAUCCGCACCAGCUGUUGAAAAUUCACAACCUCAGCCAGCAGAAACUGGAGAACAGGGAGCUAGUGAGACCAAGGACACACCUACAAAAACUGAUGAAUCUGGAAAGAAAGUAUACACAGAAGAAGAACGAAUGAGACGAAAAGCAUAUUUCAAGUCUGUGCGGGAUAGGAAAAAGUUGAAUAGUGAGAGGUAUAGGCAAAGGCAAAACCAAGCUAGAACGUCCCAAAUAACCCCCAAGAGAAGAAACUUGCCUUCAAGGUCCAUUCCGGAUGUCAAAAUUUCUUUCCAAAUGACAAAAGAAGAAGACAAAGUUUUAGAGUUUUACAAAGUGAAGCUUUCAGCCCUAAAAUCUACAAAUGAACAGUUGCACAAAAGGCUGAACUUUCUCGUUAAAGAAAAUAUGCGUCUUUUGCAGAUGGGGCCUCCAUUGAAGACAGUAUGAUAGUCGUCCAGGUAAUUCCUUACUAUAAUUUUUGUCUGUACCAUGGUGAUAUUUGUGUGUUUUAUUUUAAAUUCCUCUUUUAUAGAUAUAGAUGUUUGAAUUCAUUCUGUAUUUAAUAAUGGAUUAUAAGCGAAU